GGAGUGUCUUCGCCAUCCAAUCCGGAUAACUCUCUCUCUCUGUCUCUGCACCAUGAAAGCCUGAGAGAGAGCUCCAGAACCAGAAACCCUAGCCAUGGCUGCCAAAACCUUUAUAUCUCCUUCUCCCUUCCUCGCAUCCCCUCUCCCUUCCCUCUCCCGCCCUUUCCACGACAGAUCUCUGCUCUUCCGUCCUCGAAAAUUCAACACCAGGAUCGUGAAAUUCAGCUUCAAUGAGAUCCCCCCUCUUCAUUCCCUCGGCUCGGCCGUCGAUUUCAACGGAAUCGUCAGCCGAGCUGAGAGCCUCUUGUACACGCUCGCUGAUGCUGCUGUCGUUGCUGCCCAUCCGUCUGCGGAUGCUGCAGCAGUUCAGAAGAGCGGAGGUUGGUUCGGGUUCAUAUCUGAGGCCAUGGAAGUCGUUCUGAAGGUGCUGAAGGAUGGACUUGCAACUUUACACAUUCCCUAUUCAUAUGGAUUUGCAAUUAUCUUGCUCACUGUUAUUGUGAAGGUGGCUACAUUGCCUUUGACAAAGAAGCAGGUGGAGUCGACACUGGCAAUGCAAAAUCUGCAACCUAAGAUCAAAGCUAUCCAAGAAAGAUAUGCAGGCAAUCAGGAAAGAAUACAACUCGAGACAUCCCGUCUUUACAGGCAAGCUGGGGUUAAUCCAUUGGCAGGUUGCUUUCCAACUUUGGCUACAAUUCCUGUUUGGAUCGGUUUAUACCAAGCUUUGUCAAAUGUAGCAAAUGAGGGACUGUUGACCGAAGGUUUCUUUUGGAUUCCCUCAUUGGCGGGCCCAACCACAAUUGCUGCUCGGCAAAGUGGAUCUGGCAUUUCCUGGCUUAUCCCUUUUGUGGAUGGACAUCCACCUUUAGGCUGGUCUGACACAGCAGCAUACCUUGUUUUACCUGUGCUCCUUGUUCUUUCUCAGUAUGUGUCAAUGGAGCUUAUGAAGCCACCUCAGACGGAUGAUGCUUCAAAGAACACUCUUCUCAUUUUCAAGUUCCUUCCUCUUAUGAUUGGUUAUUUUUCUUUGUCAGUCCCAUCAGGAUUGUCAAUUUACUGGUUCACGAACAAUGUUCUCAGCACAGCACAACAAGUAUGGUUAAGGAAAUUAGGCGGUGCAAAACCCGUUGUUGGUGAGGAUGCGAGUGGAAUCAUUAGUGCGGGACGAGCAAAGCGUUCAACAUCUCAGCCAGUACGGAAUGGUGAAAGGUUUAGGCAAUUAAGAGAAGAAGAAAAUAGGAAGAAAUCGAACAAAUCGUUGACAGCUGAAGAGAUUGAGGUGCUGGCUUCCAUGUCUGAUUCUGAUGAUGUCUCUGAUGAAGAGACAAAGGAGAAGGAGGAAAACGAAGCCCUUGAACAAGCAUAUGCUUCUAGUAACAGCAAACAACUUCCAAAUUAUACCGGACCGAGGAGAAGCAAGCGGUCAAAGAGGAAGCGUGCAGCAUGAAUACAUCAUGUAUAUCCUUUGAGCUUGUUGUAGCUUCUGGUGAGUCAUGUAUAUCUCAAGAAACUGCAUCUGUUUAGAAAAUUUAAUGGCCAUUUUUAUAUUGGGCUAUUUUAAGAUAAGGUUUCUAUUCCUGGCCCAAAUAAUAAUUCACUUGUUAAGAAAAAAAGGAAAGAAGGAAACAUGAUUUUGCUCAGGAUCUCA